CCCUGUCAGGCUCAACAACCUCUCGCUCUGCGACUUGUCCCCUCCGGGGAUACAGCGCAGUCCAACCAGACCCACUCAGUGCUCUUAGGACAGCGCAGCCCACUCCCGAGGGAUCCCAAGUCCCCAGGGAAAGUGGCCGGAAAAAAAAAAAUCUCUUGUUUACUGGGUCAGAGAGGCCUCAGCUGGGAUUCGCUUCCCUGUUUCUGCGGUUUCUUUUCAGCAGAUUCCUGGGGCUGGAGAAGAAAGGGUGGCAACCGGUGGAUCCACCCCGGCAGGGAGUGGGGGUGGAGUUCAGGGGAAUCCGAAUUCGUGGAAAGGUCCCCCGACUUCUGGAGUAGCCGGACGCGGAGUCAGGAACAACGUGGCCAGGAGCGCAGGGACCACAUGGAUCACGUUAAACACUGUACCUCGGGGAACAAAACUGAGAAGGCUAAUUAGGACAGGUCACCACAGGGAACCGGGAUGUGGGGAGGGGAGCCCGCGAAGUGAGAAACUCGGGCAUGGGGUAGUCAGGUUGACGAAGACGCUGGCCAAUAAUUCGCAGGGGUUCUGGGCUCAGUCCACAGAGUUAGGGGCAUAAGCCGUGGUAUUCCUUUGUGAUUUUGGAGACUGGGUUCUCCGGCAAGGAUCACGCAUGAAAAAGGACGUUCGUGUAUGUUGUGUCCACGUGUGCAAGUUCGCGAGGGGAGGGGGCGCGGAAGGCCUGACAAAGACGGACUUUAUGGCUGAGUGCGCGCCUCGCUCCAACGGGGGAGCAGCAAACUGUGCCAGGCUUGUGUCUCACGGGAAAGCCAGGACGGACCCAGCCUGGCCUGGGAGCCAGGAUGGCCACCCACAAAACCUUGUUGAUGUGCCUAGGAUUGCCUCUGUUCUUCCCUGGGGCCUGGGCCCAGAACCAUGCCCCACCGGGCUGCAGUCCAGACCUGGAUCCCCUCUACUACAACCUUUGUGACCGCUCCGGGGCCUGGGGCAUCGUCUUGGAGGCGGUGGCUGGAGCUGGCAUCAUCACCACGUUUGUGCUCACGAUCAUCCUGGUGGCCAGCCUUCCGUUUGUGCAGGACACGAAGAAGCGGAGCCUCCUGGGGACCCAGGUGUUCUUUCUGCUGGGCACCCUGGGCCUCUUUUGCCUUGUGUUUGCCUGCGUGGUAAAGCCUGAUUUCUCCACCUGCGCCUCUCGACGCUUCCUCUUCGGGGUCCUGUUUGCCAUCUGCUUCUCCUGCUUGGUCGCCCAUGUCUUUGCCCUUAACUUCCUAGCCCGGAAGAACCAUGGACCCCGGGGCUGGGUGAUCUUCACUGUCGCCCUGCUUCUCACCCUCGUGGAGGUCAUCAUCAACACCGAGUGGCUGAUCAUCACCCUGGUACGGGGAGGUGGCCAGGCUGGCCCUCUGGGCAACGGCAGUGCCCACUGGACCGUGACCUCGCCCUGUGCCAUUGCCAAUAUGGACUUCGUCAUGGCGCUCAUCUACGUCAUGCUGCUGCUGCUGGCAGCCUUCCUAGGAGCCUGGCCCGCCUUGUGCGGCCGCUUUAAGCGCUGGCGGAAGCACGGAGUCUUUGCGCUUCUCACCACAGCCCUCUCCAUUGCCAUCUGGGUCGUGUGGAUUGUCAUGUACACCUACGGCAACAAGCAGCACCACAGCCCCACCUGGGAUGACCCCACGCUGGCCAUCGCCCUUGCUGCCAAUGCCUGGACUUUCGUCCUCUUCUAUGUCAUCCCUGAGGUCUCCCAGGUGACCAAACCCAGCCCUGAGCAGAGCUACCAGGGGGACAUGUACCCUACCCGAGGCGUGGGCUACGAGACCAUCCUGAAAGAGCAGACGGGCCAGAGCAUGUUUGUGGAGAACAAGGCAUUUUCCAUGGAUGAGCCAGCCUCAGCGAAGAGACCCGUGUCACCUUACAGUGGCUACAAUGGGCAGCUGCUGACCAGUGUGUACCAGCCCACCGAGAUGGCCCUGAUGCACAAAGGCCCGUCCGAAGGCGCUUACGACGUCAUCCUCCCACGGGCCACCGCCAACAGCCAGGUGAUGGGCAGUGCCAACUCAACCCUGCGAGCUGAAGACAUGUACAUGGUCCAGAGCCACCAGGUGGCCACGCCACCAAAAGACGGCAAGAUCUCUCAGGAUCAGUCCCCGAAAAACAAAACGAGAUGGUAGAUGCCCUCUUCCCUGGACCACACCUCAUCCGGACACCCUCAUUGCUCUGCAUCCAGCUGAGCGGGCCCCAGCAGUUUCCCCACCUUUGUCCUUGGAGCUGGGAGGGACCAGAGGCCAGCAAUCUGAAGCUUUGGACUGAGUGGGGACCUUGGGAUAGGCCUGAAGCAUGUGACUGGUGCUCAUAGGGCCACCUACCCUCCUGCCCAUCCCAGCCUCCUGGUCCCCAAGUGACUGCAGCUACAGGGAGCUAACUGUUGACUCCUGUCUCCUGCCUUAACACAUCCCCCAAGUCACAGAGUCUGUGCCCCCAUGUGGUUCUCCAGGUGGUUAUUGUCCUGCUGUGAACGUCAGGAGCACAAUGCCACUGUUCUGACACUGGAUCCUCUUGGCCAUGUUGGUAACCCAUCAGAUGUCACACAACGGACAUCAUAGCAUCUCUGUCAGUCUCUAGAGACAAAACAGACCUUAUCCCUUGCCCUACUCUGGGCCUUCUGCCAUCUUCUAGACUGGAAGAGGUCGCCAGCUAGGGGCAGAGCCCAGAUUGGGCAGGCUGUUUCUCAUGACCUGAGGGUUUCAGGUACCAGCACAGCACCUUUGUGCCUGGCCUGAGUCUACCUUACCUUCAGUGAGCUGUGUCCCCUUGCCAGGGCAGGAUCGUUCAUUCUCCCUCCCCACUGCCCGUCCCCACUGGGAAUGGGAAUUGCAACACUGAUCCCAACGGGGGAAGAUUUCUCGUUGUCCAGAACUGCCGCACAGAGAACCCCACAUAAGAGUUGAAGAGCUAGUGGGCCACAAUGGUGCUUAGAGCUUUGCGCUAUGGAUGUACCUCAGUUAAACCCCUGGCCGCAUCUCCCCGGUCUGCUUUCGGCUUCUGUGCCAGCUCCCAGGAUGGCUCCUAGGACAGGUGCAGAGGUGGAAUUAUCUGGAUCUCUUAGGUUCUAGAGGUACCUGCUGGGGCUACUUGGAUAUAUGUGGCUGGGGUCUGGGAGUUCCUUUAGGAGACAGUGGGUGGGAGCCAGGGCUGCAUUCUCAGGGUGACUUGAACCUUUCCUCGGUUGGGCUGGUGGGAUGUGGGAUUCGGGGCUGGAGAUUGCUUAUGGGAAGAUGUCUAAGUUUCUACCUCAGCUUGGGCAGCAGAUGUCCUUGGUACAUCUGGACAAGCCCUGCUGUUUUCAUCUCUAGUGGCCUUGGCCUUAGGACGUGCACCUGAGGAGCCUGAUGGCUACCCAGGUCAGAGAGGGCCAUUUUCAGGCCUGCGAGCUGCCGACACCAAUGACUGAGAUGAUCAUAGCACCAGACCCUGGAACCAAGGUCUCCACAGCCCUGGGUACCAGACAGAGCCUCCUCCAGGCCCUCUUCAAGUGUGUCCUGGAGCCUGGCCUUUAGCCCAGCACUACUUAGUGCCAAGGUAGACAGAGGUGAAGAUGAGUGACUGCCCAGGAAGGUGCCCCAUGCUUAGUCCAUGGCUCCCAUGCUGACUCCUCCCUAGUAGCCUGUGCCUUUUUCGUUGGGGAAAAGGUCCCCACAGAGUGGGACUGUACCUCCAAAGGUGACUCCUCCUGCCUUGACCUCUGUUGAAUGAGGAUGCUCAAUCUAUGAGUAAUACAGUACUGCCCCCACACACAUCAAAGGAAUGGGGUCUCCGUGGACCUCACACUGUUCUUGAUCUAGAGCUCCGAGAUUUGUCACAGCAAGCAAGGGACUAGGUUGCUGUCUUAAGCGAGUCUUUUAGGACUCCGAAAGCACCAGAUGCCUAGGUGUGCAGCCUAUGGUGGAUGUGGCUGUGUUUAUUGCCCAAGUCCUGGCUGCUGCAGCUGCAGCUGCAGCUCAGGAGUCAUGGGCUCCUGGGAGAUGCAGACCUGCCUGGAUGCAGAAGUACCUGUGGUCCUUACUUACCCUGCAUCUUUCAGUUCCGGUUCCAGUGAAGGACAUUUUUAGUAGGCUUGGGGGCCUCCUAGUUUACAGUGCUGUGUCACUGUAUCCCACACAAGGGAGGAAUAAGUAGACCCAGGCCUGGUUCAAGUUCAUCAUUCACAGGCCAGCCACUUGGUCGAUGUCACACCAACACUGUUAAAUCCUACAGUGGACAAGAUGUGAGAGCUAGCCAAUAAGAGGCUAGAGCUAAUGGGCCAAGCAGUGUUGAAAAGAAAAAAAAAAAAUCCUACAGUGGACGUCAAUGGAGGGUCAACUUUGUAACUACUCGUAAUUAAAUGACUGCCCUUUCUUCGUGAGGGGUUAAUGCC